AAGCACCCAAAGAUGGGUUCUAUGUCAUGUAACUCGUGGUGCUAUGGUGGGUUUUCACUUAGUUUAGCACUUUUCUUAUGUCUCAAUUCUCAACUUGCAACCUCUCGAUCAACGAUUGAAGUGCUUCCUGGCUUUGAAGGGCUCCUUCCCUUUGAACUUGAAACUGGGUAUGUGGGAUUGGGGGAAACAGAGGAUGAUCUACAAGUGUUCUACUACUUUAUUAAAUCAGAGAACAAUCCUAGUAAAGACCCUGUAAUGCUUUGGCUAUCUGGUGGCCCUGGCUGCUCUUCGUUUUCGGCUCUUGCCUAUCAAAUAGGCCCACUUGCAUUUAAACUUGAGGAGUACAACGGGAGCUUGCCAAAUUUGGUCUCGAGGCAAUAUUCAUGGACAAAGGUGUGUAGCAUUAUUUUUGUAGAUUUGCCACUUGGAACUGGAUUCUCUUAUGCAAAAAAUCUCACUGCUCAACGAAGUGACUGGAAAUUAGUUCACCAUACCCACCAAUUUUUUAGGAAGUGGCUGAUUGAGCAUUCGGAAUUUCUUUCAAACAAAUUGUACAUUGGAGGUGAUUCCUACUCUGGCAUGUCUCUCCCUGCUGUUGUUCAAGAAAUUUCUAAUGGAAAUGAAAAAGGUCUCAACCCAUGGAUAAAUCUCCAGGGAUAUGUGCUAGGGAAUCCCGUAACAACUCGAAGAGAAAAGAACCAUCAAAUUCCAUUUGCCCAUGGAAUGGCACUUAUUUCUGAUGAACUCUAUGCGUCAUUGCAGAAAAAUUGUAAAGGAGAGUAUGUAGAUAUAGAUUCUAGAAAUGAGUUGUGUUCAAGAGAUCUCCACUACUUCGAUGAGUGCCUUUCAGGAAUUAAUCGCUUCAACAUUUUGGGUGUCGAUUGCCAAGAUUAUUCGCUUAAGUACCACAAAGCUCUUUUGAGAAGAUCUAUGACUCAGAAGUUGAAGGCCACUUUUAGUUCCCAUCUCACAGUGACAAACUUAAGCUGCGAUACUUUUGGUUACUUUCUCUGCAAACUAUGGAUGAAUGAUAAAAGUGUUCCCAGGGCACUGCAUACUCAAGAGGGAACUGCAGGACAAUGGGAACGUUGUAACGGGACCGAUUACGAGGAAGAUAUCUCUAGCAGCUUUGAGUUUCAUGUAAAUCUCAGUUCAAAAGGCUACCGUUCCUUGAUAUACAGUGGGGAUCAUGAUUAUACUGUUCCUUUCAUGUCGACACAAGCAUGGAUAAGGGCUCUAAACUACUCCAUUGUCCAUGAUUGGAGGCCAUGGCAUGUAAAUGGCCAAGUCGCAGGAUACACAAGGACAUACUCAAAUCAAAUGACAUUAGCAACUGUGAAGGGUGCGGGGCAUGUAACUUCUGAGCUCAAGUCUGAGGAAUGUUUUGCCAUGUUCGUUAGAUGGAUAUCUAAUGUGCCUUUGUAACACAGCCCCUAAGAUGGCAACAACCUAGUUGUCCUUGGCAUGCUCAUUUGUCUAUGAUUUCUUUUGAGUCUAAACAUUUUGUGUAAUAUGUGACCAAAUGACAUUGGCAAGAAAACAAGAAAUCAAGAAAACAGCACCACUGUGUUUGAAAUGUUAUUCCCUUUUCAU